AUGCCUUCCCUCACAGAGGAGAUCCAGUCGUUCUCGCGGAGCAGCCUGCGGAGGCAGUGCACCAGGGUGACCUCUCUGGGCGGGCGGCGCAUCAUCGAGACCUGGAAGGGCUCCAUCGUCACCGUGGUGGAGGAACCGGCCCCCCCCGACAGCAGCAUGGGCUACGUCCCGGACACCUCCUGGGACCUGCAGAUAGGAACCAUCAAACCCUUCUUACUACUGGGUUCUCAGGAUUCAGCCCAUGACUUUGGAACUCUAAAGAAGUACAAGGUGUCCCACAUCCUGAACGUGGCCUACGGGGUAGAGAACUUGUUUCCUCUGCUCUUCAUCUACAAGAACGUUCAGAUCCUGGACCAGCCCGACACCGAGCUGACUGCCCACCUCAAGGACUGCUGCCGCUUCAUCACACAGGCCCAGGAGGAGAACGGUGUGGUGUUGGUGCACUGCAACACAGGAGCUUCCAGGGCAGCAGCGGUGGUGAUUGGCUAUCUGAUGUCAUGUGAUGGCCAACCUUUUGAAGAAGCCUUGUCAUUGGUAAAAACAGCACGGCCGGCCUGCUGCCCCAACCCUGGCUUCCUGGAACAGCUGCAACGAUACAGACAACCCUGACCCUGUCCCUAGCCCUAGCACUAGAGGGGGGGGGUCAACACGGUACACCCUAUCGUAGCACUAGAGACAGGGUUAGGGUCAGUACAGACCACCCUAUCUGUAGCACUAGAGACAGGGUUAGGGUCAGUACAGACCACCCUAUCUGUAGCACUAGAGACAGGGUUAGGGUCAGUACAGACC